UGUCCGUGGGCACUGACUUAGACAUCCUUGUUGUAAACAAGAUAUAACCUCUUCGUUUUAUGUUCCGUGUUGUAUUUGUCAAUAUAAAGAAAGUUUGAUAAAAAAUAUUCAACAGUUUAUUCGUACAUUUAAUUUUUUACAUAUAUGGAAUUUUUGUGAUAUGAAGUGUUGAAAUGGAAUUAAAUAUCUAUAUAAAUCUUAUAAAUUCUUAUUUUUCAUUCAUAUAAAAUAAGUGAAUUUCGCAGCAUCUAUUAAUCAUCAAUUUUAUUACUUAAAUAGAUGCAUCAUUAACUACUUAAAAAAUGGAUGUACAAAGACAUUCCGUACAUACUCUUGUCUUCAGAUCUUUAAAAAGAACCCAUGAUAUGUUCUUGCUAAAUCAAGGUACUUUACCACCAGUGGAUCCUAAUUUAUUAAGGAUGAAGAAUUCUGUAAAAGCUAAAGAUUGCUAUGGUCCUAUAUUAGAACGAGUAAAAUCAAAUAAUUUAGCAAAAAUGCAAAAUGAACCUGAAAAUGCAGACCCUCCUCCACCUGGUGAUGAAUCUUUUGGUGGAAGUAAUACCACUGCAAUGAUACCUUAUAAUCCCAUACACAAUACAAAUGGAGCUGUAACUCAAACAAAUGCAGGAGGAAAUACGCUUAAUAAUAUUGUAAUGAUACCACAAAAAAAGACACCAUCUAUGGCUAAACCAAAAUGGCACGCACCGUGGAAACUAUAUAGAGUUAUCAGUGGCCAUCUCGGUUGGGUACGGUGUUGUGCUGUUGAACCAGGAAAUGAAUGGUUUGCUACUGGUUCAGCAGAUAGAGUAAUUAAAAUAUGGGAUCUUGCAAGUGGUAAACUGAAAGUUUCUUUGACUGGUCAUAUAAGCAGUGUUCGUGGAUUAGCAUUUUCUCAACGCCACCCAUAUUUAUUUUCUUGUGGAGAAGAUCGACAAGUGAAAUGUUGGGAUCUUGAAUAUAAUAAGGUUAUAAGGCAUUAUCACGGUCAUUUAUCAGCAGUAUAUUCAAUAGCAUUACAUCCUAGUAUAGAUGUACUAGUAACUGCAGGUAGAGAUUCAACUGCAAGAGUAUGGGACAUGCGAACUAAGGCAAAUGUACACACGCUUGCAGGUCACACUAACACAGUUGCUAGUGUUAUUUGUCAAGCUGUUGAACCACAGAUUGUUACUGGAAGCCAUGACUGUACCAUAAGAUUGUGGGAUUUAGCUGCAGGAAAAUCUAGAGCUACUUUAACAAAUCAUAAGAAAAGUGUAAGAGCUGUAACUUUCCAUCCAUCAUUGUACAUGUUUGCCUCAGCAUCUCCAGAUAACAUUAAACAGUGGAAAUGUCCAGAAGGAAAAUUUAUACAAAAUUUAUCUGGUCACAAUGCUAUAGUUAAUUGUUUGGCUGUAAAUGCUGAUGGUGUCCUAGUUUCUGGAGCAGAUAAUGGUACUAUGCACCUUUGGGACUGGAGGACAGGGUAUAAUUUUCAACGUUUACAAGCACCAGUUCAACCUGGUUCAAUGGAUAGUGAAGCUGGAGUAUUUAGUAUUACAUUUGACAUGUCUGGUACCAGAAUGAUUACAACAGAAGCUGAUAAAACAAUAAAAGUUUAUAAAGAAGAUGACACAGCUACGGAAGAAACGCAUCCCGUUAAUUGGAGACCAGACAUAAUAAAACGAAGAAAAUAUUAAAUGUUACAGUGUAUAAUAAAUAUUAUUAAUUUUGGAGAAUUCAUGAGUUGUAGCUUUUAAUAUGGAAAAAAAUUAGUAGAAUAAUUUUAGUAUUUUAAAGUUCUUCGUUUAAAUCAAAUUCCUCUUCUGGAAAAUCUCCGACUUUUACAUGCAUUGGUUUUACAAAUCCACCAUAUUUUGGUAAACACUCGAAAUAUUUUUUACCAUUGACACUAUAAUAAAAAAUAUAAAAUAUUAAACGUGUAUCUACAUGAAAUUGUAGAGAAAUAUACCAUCAAUUAUAA